UUUCUCUCUCAAAACAACAAACAAAAAAAAUAAAAAUAAAAAAUCUUAGUUCAUCACCAUUCUACAUCAAAGCAAAGCAAAGUGUAUUGAAGAACAAGUAGUAGUCCAUCAAGUACAACAAACAAUGCAUCCACAAAGUUUCAUGAACCCGGUUCACUUCCAAAGCAACUCUGAAAUGUUACCAUGGUCAAUUCCACCGGUUCAACCUUUUUUGAACCCGGUUCACCACCAUGAUCAGUCAUUUCUCCUCCCUCCUUCACCAACGGCUUACGGUUUAUUCAAUCGUAACACUACAAUGGACCAACAACACCUCCGGUUCAUCUCAGAUAGUUUAGUAGGUCAAGUGGUUCAUCAUCAUAAUCAACCCGGUUCAAUAGCACCAUUUGGUUUACAAGCUGAGUUACAAAAAAUGAGUGCUCAAGAAAUAAUGGAUGCCAAGGCAUUGGCUGCAUCUAAAAGUCAUAGUGAAGCUGAAAGAAGACGUAGAGAAAGAAUCAAUAAUCAUCUUGCUAAAUUGAGAAGCCUUCUUCCUAAUACUACUAAAACAGACAAAGCUUCAUUGCUAGCAGAAGUGAUACAACAUGUGAAAGAGUUAAAAAGACAAACAUCCUUAAUAUCAGAAACAAGUCUUGUCCCAACUGAAAUUGAUGAAUUAACAGUUGACAAUGCAACAUCUGAUGAAGAUGGUAAGUUUUUAAUAAAGGCCUCUUUGUGUUGUGAAGACAGAUCUGACCUUUUACCUGAUUUAAUCAAGACAUUGAAAGCACUAAGGUUAAAAACAUUAAAAGCUGAAAUUACAACACUUGGUGGACGUGUUAGAAAUGUGUUGUUUAUAACCGGAGACGAUUAUUAUUGUGAUGAUAGCAAUAAUAAUCGAGAUCAUAUAGAUCCGUGUACAAGUGGAGACGAUGAAGAUACUCAGAUGAUGCAACAACAACCACAGUAUUGUAUAAGUUCAAUACAAGAAGCACUUAAAGCUGUGAUGGAGAAAUCAAGUGGUGAUGAUUCUGCUUCAACAAGUGUUAAGAGACAAAGAACUAACAAUAUCAACAUCCUUUCUUAAAUUACUUCUUUUCCUUUUAUGUGUGUGUUUUUUUUUUUGUUU